AUGGUGGAGUUUGUCAAGCACCUGCCAGGCUUCACCACCCUCACCAUGGUUGACCACAUCACUCUGGUCAAGGAUGCCUAUCUGGACAUACUGCCACUGAGCGGAGCGAGUGAUCACUCUGAAGAUGGAGAUCCCAGGCUCCAUGCCCCCUCUCAUCCAGUAGAUGCUGGAAAACUCAGAGGGUCUGUAGGGCCAGGGGGCCAGCAGGUGCCGCUAAAGCAGAGGAAGGGCCCCACCAGGCAGCUGCAGCCCCAGCCUGUCCCUCAGCUCAGCCCACAGCAGCCCCCCUGCACCCUCCUCUUAGACAGGGGUCCACCACCACCCCCCAGGCAGGGACAGCCAGAAGGCAUGACUAGACUCCCACACUGUGACAAACCAGGCCAGAGUGGAGUGGGUGAUGACUCUCUGUUCUUCCUCUCUCCCCCUCAAGACAUUGGACAGGAAUUCAGGCUCAGUGCCCGUCAGACCUGGGCUGGUGAAGAGAUCAGGCUGGUCAAUGGCACUAGUCGCUGCUCGGGGACAGUGGAGAUUCUUUACGAGGGCCAGUGGGGAAGAGUGUGUGGCCAGAAGUGGGACGUCGACGAUGCCAAUGUGGUGUGUGGCCAGCUGGGCUGUGGGAGGGCUGUGAGUGUCCAAGUUAAACCUAAUAUCAGACUGGUCAAUGGGAGUGACCUCUGCUCUGGGAGGGUGGAGGUCUAUCAAAUUGGUCACUGGCGAACCGUGUGUAAUGACGUGUGGGACGGGAAUGACACUGCUGUGGUGUGCAGACAGCUCGGCUGUGGGAAUGCUGUUAGUGCCCCAGAGAGGGGUUACUUUGGUCAAGGCAGUGGGCCUAUCUGGCAGGAUGAUGUUGGCUGCUCUGGCAGUGAGUGCUCCAUCACGCUGUGCCCACACACAGGAGGAAAACAUAACUGUAGUCAUGGUAACGACGCAGGUGUUAUUUGUUCAGUGGUCCUGCUACAGCCCAACAUCUCUUUCAGUCCUCCAAAUGGAGGGAUGUUUUGGGAACCUCAGGGGCCAGAGGUGAUCAGGGGCCACAGUUUCUCCAUCACCUGCUCCAUUCAGCCACAGUAUCCUGGAGGCCUCUUCUAUCUGGACUUCUCUGGGUCCAACAGGACUGAAACUAAGCCAGCAGUCAACCACUCUGCCUCCUUCCACUUCCCUGUUGCAGAGUAUACAGACCAGGGGAAAUACAGCUGCAGCUAUGUAGUCAACGUCUCCACCCGGUCAUUCAGGUCGGCUAAUAGUGAACUAGCUGUCACCAUUAGAGUCGACUUGUUACAGCCCAACAUCUCUCUCAGUGCUCCAAAUGGAGGGAUUUUCUGGGGACUUCAGGGGCCAGAGGUGACCAGGGGCCACAGCUUCUCCAUCACCUGCUCCAUUCAGCCACAGUAUCCUGGAGGCCUCUUCUAUCUGGACUUCUCUGGGUCCAACAGGACUGAAACUAAGCCAGCAGUCAACCACUCUGCCUCCUUUCACGUUCCUGUUGCAGACUAUACAGACCAGGGGAACUACAGUUGUGUUUAUGAAGUUAUUGUCUCCACCCUGUCAUUCCAUUCUAACAAGACAGAGUUGCUGACAGUCAGCAUUCGAGCUGCCAAUAACAUUAGCACAUAUGGAAACACUGUGGUUGCAGCGAGUGAGGAAAAUGAUGAAGAGGACUAUGUCAACGUAGAAACCUUUGUCAACGUAGAAACCUUUGUCAACAAGAGCAAAGAUGAAGACAUGAAAAAAGGAUGCCAUGCAGGAAUGUAUGUGAAAAGGGAGUUGCUUACCACUAAAAAUAAUGAGAAUGCCCCAGGAGCCAUGAACAAGUUCGGAAACAUCCAAGGUGAAGGGCCAGACGCAAGUGAGGAAGAUGAGUCGGACUAUGAAAAUCCAGAUAUCUUCAUGGAGAGGGAUUUUGCUGAAGACAUCUAUGAUGAAGACAGUGAGUCUUUAGACCUGGAGCAGCUCACUUCAUGUAAAGCUGGAAGGGAGAAUGACUACGAAGAAGAUGACAACAUAUACGCAAACUAUGAGUGAAGGCCUUGUUAUACGAAUGCUGAUGCAGAGAUAUAGAUGCCAGGAGAGGCAUGAAAGGUUAGCUUUGUGAGUUGAAUUAUAAGGGCUUAAAAAACAACUUUUUCAUCAAAAUGUUCACUUAGUAGAUACGAGUAAAGGCUUUGUUUGAAUAUGAGUUAGAAUUUCGAUGUAAAUUGUUUGGGUGUAUGAGUUCUAGUUGUAUUGUUGUCAGGUAAUUGUAUGAGUUUUCUGUCUUGACAUUGUUAUAUAUAUUUUUUAAUUAUUACAUUAUUUACUUCAGUUUAAAAACAGUGAUUGUCUUGAUGAAUUGUCUGAACGCAUUGAAUAUAAUCUAUUAUUUCAUUUUUUAAAGUAAAUAUAUUAAUACUUUAGACUAUUUCUCUUCUAUAACAUUCAGUGUGCUGUCAAGGAGUUGUGCUGUCAAAGAAUAGUCCGUAGCAAUGACUGGUUGUGAUGUGCUAAACUUGAGAUCUACACUCUUAGA